AUGGCCAUUUCCACUUCUUCAGAGUGGUCCUUAGCUUACAUUCAUUGCAUCAAAAGAACCCACAAAAACCUCACCUUCAAUCCAUCCAAAAACUCCCCGAUUCUUCUCUUCAUUUCUCCCCCUUUCUCAUCUUCUUCAAGAAUCUUGAUCCUCAAUUCAUCCACAAGUUGUCCACCACCAAUACUAGACGAUGAGGAGUCCACCGAUUCUUCCCUCAUCGAAUUGGACAUGGAAGUUGAAAAUCUUGGAGAUUCAUCCGUACCCCAUCAGGAGAAUCUCAAUCAAUUGAUAUGCAAACUGUUGAAGGAUCCAAAAACUGAAGAAAUGGGGUUCGAGAGUUACCAGAAGGCCAAAAGAACACCAGAUUUUACACCCACGAGAUCGACAUUGCAUAAUCUAAUCAGGUACUCGCUGCGUUUGAAGAAUUGGAAUUCAAUUUGGUCAAUUUCCGAUGAUUUUGGGAAAUUCAAGGUCUACCCAAGUGCUUCAUCCUGUUGUAGAUUAAUCAGUAGUUGCAUUCGAGCCAAGAGAUUUAAACUUGCUAAUCAUUUGCUUCAUAUUCUAAAAUUUGAAAAAGAAGUUGCCAUUUUAAGUUUUAAUGCUGCCAUGCGAAGCUAUAACAAGCUUCAUAUGUAUAGUAGUGCAGUCAACGUGUACGAUAUUAUGAAAUCUUUUGGUAUGCAAUUAGACGGGGAAUGUUACGGACGCACCAUGGAAGCUUAUCUGAAAAUGGGAAAGAACGAUAAAGUCAUUUCCUUGUUUAAAGAAUUCGAAUCAAGCAAUCUCGAAUGGACACCUUUUUGCUCACAAAUCUACAGGAUUUUAAUCGAAUCUUUAGCAAAAUCAGGCAAACCAUUUCAAGCCCUAGAUUACUUUCGGGACAUGAUCAAGAAAGGGUUCCAAGAAGACCCUCCUUUUUACUCAACAUUAAUCAGUUCAUUUGUAGCCAUUCAAGAAGUGAAAAUGGUAGAAGACCUUACGAAAGAAGCCGAAGGGAAGAACAUGUUAAGAGACCCAGCAGUCUUUUUAAAGCUCGUUUUGAUGUACAUCGAACUCGGGUCACUCGAAAAGACACUCGACGUUGUUUCUUCAAUGAAAAAAGCAAACAUUAAAGUUUCAGAUUGUAUCUUUUGUGCUAUCGUAAACGGGUUCUCAAAGAAAAGAGGGUUGACUUCAGCAGUAAAGGUCUACGAAGAGUUGACCGCAGAAGGUUGCCACGCUGGACAAGUGACGUAUGCUUCUAUCCUAAACGUUUACUGUCGUAUCGGGCUUUAUGAAAAAGCAGAAGAGGUGUUUUGGGAAAUGGACAACAAAGGGUUCGAUAAAUGUGUUGUGGCGUAUUCUAGCAUGAUUGCAAUGUAUGGGAAACAAAACAGGAUUCGAGACGCCAUGCGGCUGUUAGCUCGCAUGAAAGCACGUGGGGUGGAACUCAACGUGUGGAUUUACAAUUCUCUCCUUGACAUGCAUGGGAAAGUGUUGAACUUGAGGCAAGUUGAGAAGAUAUGGAAGGAGAUGAAAAGAAGGAGACUUGUGGCUGAUAAGGAUAUGAAAGCUGAAGGAACAGGUUUGGAUUCAAGGCUUUAUAGAUCUUCUUUGCAUGCUCUUAGGGAUGCUGGUGUGCGUAUUCAAGUUAAGUGGUUGGAAGAGAGCUUUGAUCCAAACUAA